CCUACAUCCAGCCUUUAUCCGGAAAUAGUGGCGGCGGGGGUGGUGGAUCCCCUCCGCCGCCGGGCCCGGUUCGGGUUGUCUACAACGCGUACAUGACGGCGGAUAAGGACAAGGCUAUCCAGUGCAAAUAUGUCUGUGUCUGGAAAGGUGGAACUUGUGAUGCGCAUUUCACAACACACAAAAACUCACCAUGCGCAAACCGCAGAAGCUGCCCAUUUGUGUCGCCGAAAUUUUAGUGGAUUUGUCAUGCGGAUUAGCUAUCGACCCACCUUUUCAAUAAAACCUGUAAUGCUACAUCAUGCAUGACAAACCUUCUGGGUCACGGAAUAAAAGCAGCAUGACAAAAAGCUGCUUCCUCCCAGACGCAGACGUAUUUGCAACGCAUAAGGAUUUGCGAGGACCCACUCCGGAUCCCCCUGACCUCCGUCUGCAAGGACGUGACCUGCGGUUCCGGUUGGGGCCCGCUACCAAAUGCAAAAAUGUCUGGGUCUGGAAGAGCCAAACUUGUGACGCUGCAUUUGGAUGCUAAAAAAACCUGUAUUGCAUGACAAGCAAGAGGAUUCAAUAUAUUGGCUACGCGGAGAGGGCAUUUGUCAUGCUGGAUGCGCAUAGAUAAGCGCUCAAAAAACCCGUGAUGCUAUGGCAUACAUCACAGACAUCAUGGAUCAUGGAAAAUGUGCAUCACAAAGUUGUGCUCUUCCAGACCCAGACAUUUUUACAUUUGAUACCCCCGGGAGGCGUGCGAAUCGGAGUGUAACAAGCUCAGCGAGUGCAAGUACAUGGCGUACUACUCCAACGACGGAUGCUAUUCAAGAAAGAAACUGUGUAAGUGUAAGUCUGUAAUGCGAGGCAUGCAACACGGUUACUCCCGCAGAGGGAGCGAAAGAGCACGGCCCGAGCGAGUGAAACUGUCUCGAUUUGCGUGAAAGGGUCCCGAAAAUGAAACGCGCAGCGCUCCCCGGAAUCGAUUCAAAUAAAACGCGAACGCCUGCCGGGGCGGUUGGCAAAAGAAAGACAGGGAAGCGGCCAGAGGCCGGCGCCCUGGGGACGGCGACGGCCCUCCCGGCGCCUGCGCUCCCAGACCGUGACAAAUAGCAGGCAAAGUGGCCGCCGCAGCCGGCUCUAUCAAUCUUCCUUGUGCCCGUGCCGCGGCCGCUGCGUAGUUGUGUUGCUCUGAGUUUCAUUUCGCGCCGCCCCGCGGGAAUUUGCGUGGCCCUGGGCGAGCGGGCCGGACGCCCGUGGUAGAGGGCGCCGAGCCUCCGCGCCCUUGCCUGGUCGCUGCGCCUUUGCCAACCAGAUCGGGCCCCAGUCGCGGUAAAUUAUAAAAAUUCAGGGCGUGACUUUAAAAAAUCCCGCAGAGGACUUGCGCUGCGAAAAAAAAUUUGGCGCGGAUGGUGGGAGUUUCUGCAUUUUCCGCGCUGCCUAUCGUCCUGCUUGGUUUCCGGGCGUGCCUUUGGGCGUGGUGGGAGGGCCUUUGGGAUGGUCCGCGUUUUGUUUGGGGUAUGCCGGGCCCUGCGGUGUCCUGCGUUUCUUAUCCUGUGGGAUUCUUCCGCGACCGCUGUGGGGUUAGCUGUUGCCGGCCGCCGGCCGACCGGCUUUUCUUCCGGGAUUUGAAACGCGGAGCCGGGUACUUUUACGACAAAAAACUGCAUGGAUUACGACAAGAAUUUUGAAAAAGUUUCAAGAAAUUCUAAAAAAACUGUCGCUGGAAAAACAUGAGGAAAAUCGAAGCCCUAUGGUCCGGCUUUCUGCCGUUUUUAUUUUUUUCGUAAUUUCGGCAGACCUUUGAAAGAUCAGCUGCAACUUUUUUGCACCUGAUGCACGUACGAAACGCAGGGAAACGACGCAAAAAACCCGGAGGGUGGUGCUGUCGCUUCGCGUGAUCCAGCCCGUGACCCACCGCCCAGAGCCGGCGCGUUUGGCGCGAUGGGUCGCAGUUCUUAUCUGGAUGAGCCGCCCGGCUUGUUCUUCUCCCUUUCGGGGCUCCCAUUUUUCGCCCUCGGUUGUGUUUCUCCCCUGUGUGUGGGCUUUCGCGACCCAUGACUCGGCUCGGGAUCUUUUGUGGCCGCGUUUCGCCGCCUUGGUAAUUUUCAAAAUCCGGGCCCCUUGGCGGUCGAUCUGGUUGACCUUUGCCGUGGUUGGCGCGCUGCUCUGCGUUGCAUUUCGCGCCGCCCCGCGGGAAUUCGUCUGGCCCUGGGCGAGCGGGCCGGGCGCCAGUGGUAGGGGGCGCCGAGUCUCCGUGCCCUGGUCUGGCCGCUGUGUCGUUGCGUUGGUUGGUUCGUGUUUCUGAGUUGCAUGUCGCGCCGCCCCGCGGGAAUUUGCCUGGCCAUAGGCGAGCGGGCCGGGCGCCAGUGGUAGACUAGAGGGCGCCGAGUUUCCGCGCCCUCGCUCGCCUGGCCGCUGCGUCUUUUCGCUGGGUGGUUCGUAUGUAGUGAAGUCACCAAACGGCUCUGCGAAAAACGAACGGGGGCUGGUCAUAUACCGCGAAAAACGAACGCAGGCUUUCAAUCGGCAGAAAGCGGCUUUGAACAUAAAGAGUUUCCGUCUGUCGGUCGGCUCUGGCUGACCUGGCACCGAAUCGCCGCCCGGCGGAUUCCAUCGGUCGCCGAUCUAAAAAACGACGCAGAGGAGCCAGCAAAAGGGGCGCUAUUCUGAGGCGCCUGGCGCACCUAAUUCCGCCGAUUUGGGGCGCCCAAUAAGGGGCGCCGAAAAAGUGCGAAGAUGGCAAAAGCUUCGGAUCCGCGUGCUAUGUGCACCAUUUUUGGCCAUUUUUCGAGGUCGCAAAGACGGCUAACAAGGUCGAGCACUUGUAAUGUGGGGAGCAAUCCAAGGCGCGCGACUUUUCAACAAAAAAAACAAACAAAAGCGGAAAGCUCGCCAAAAUCUUCAAGCCAAUUCGCAUGCUAUGGGCCCGAUUUGGGGCGCCCAGGGGGCCGGGCUUGGUAGGGGCCCUUGCGUGGCUAUAGCACGCGGGAAAGCGUUUCGAUUCAGGGGGCGGCGGGGGCUUGGCUUUUCCACAAAAAAAACCAAAGGACGCAAACCCCGCCAAAAGCAGCAGGCCAGCCCGCAUGCUAUGGGCCCGAUUUCGGGGGCCCAGAGGGCCGACCCUGGUGGAGGCCCUUGUGGGGCCAUAGCGUGUGGGAAAGCGUUUCUCCUCUGAAAAGAGCAAAAAGACCCGGCGUCGUCCAGUCUGUUAGAAAAAACCCGCGCGACCUCACUACCCCCGCCUCGGCGGCUAUAUUUGGUAGCCCUGAGCUGCAUGCCGCGCCGCCCCGCGGGAAAGAAGUUGCCUUGUCAUGUCGUAGUCGGUCGAGCCGAAGACGAGGCGCAAAAGAAUCGAAAUGGUGGCGCCCAAUUACGAAAGGCCGGAAAAGUCUCCAAAAUAGUGCGGCCAGGGUUUCUCGCGUGAUUUCGCGCCAGCUGCUUCGGUUUCGAUCGGCCCCGGGCACGUCAGUGCCAUGCCCGAAGUAAGGUCUGCGCCGGUUUAGCCAAUGACGUCGAGAGACAAAGGAGAAAGGCUUGAGCGCUACAACCCGCGCACUCGCUUGCCGCCUUCUUCGCGCGCGGGCGAUGGACUGCGCCCCAUUUCGUCACGCUUGCGCCUUUAUUAGGCCUAGCGGGCGCGUGUUGGCCAGCUGUUUCGCUACCGCUCCAACAUGGGGCACCGGUGUAGUUUGGAUCGCAAUGCAAGCGCAUUCCGCUGCUUUUUGCGCUGUUUGGGCGUUUUUUCUGCCCCUUCGUCGCUUGCUAAUAGACUUGGCGAGACCCUUGCGCUUUUGGCUCGUUUGAUUAUCAGCCGCGCCGGCUUCCCUUGUUUUUCGCCGCUUAAUGAUGAAAGGCAGGACAAGUGCAGCAACAUGGUGCGCCUGAAGAUUUUUCGCGGGCGUGAUUUCGCGCCAGAAGCUUUGGCUACGGUUCUGGAUACGCCAGCACCAGGCCCGGCCUUAUUUAAAAAGCCCGGCGAAUAUCCGCGGAACUUUUUUCGUCGUGUUCUCUAUGAUUUGCAGCGUUUUUUGUGGUUUUUGCCAUCGUUUUGAUGUUUUUGAUCUGAUUUUUGCACCAUUUUGCGCGUUUUGAAGCAAAGAAGUCCGCUUUCGGGGUCAUUUUGCACCGUUUCGCAAACUAUUGACGCAAUUUGCGCGCAUUUUCAUCCAUUUGCACCAAAAAAAGGCAAACUUUGCGCGUUUUCGUGCUUUUUGUUUCGCUUUUGCGGCCAUUUUGCUGCUUUUGUUAUUGUACUAAGCCAAAACAGUGCCACUUUUGCCCGUUUGCUGUACUACUGGCUGCAUUUGUUGCGUUUUUGCCUAAUUUGAUGCGUUUUCGGCGUCAUUUUGCACGAUUUCGCAUGCUAUUGACCUAAUUUGCGCGCAUUUUGUCCCAUUUGAUGUACAAAAACGCGAGCCCGAGCCGCGACAAUUUGCGAAAUCUCGGCGAAUAUUCGCGGACUUUUUCUCGUCGCAUUUUCCCCAAUUUGGAGCGUUUUUUGUGGCUUUUGCCAUCGUUUUGUCCUUUUUGCAUCGAUUUUUGCACCAUUUUGCGCGUUUUGGAACGACAAAAAUUCAGCGACUUUCGGUGCAUGUCGUGCAUGUUUCGCAACAUAGUUUAUAACACUUGUCAUGCUGGCCAGCCAUGAUGUUCUGCUUUCGUACCUGUUUUUCACAUGCUAGCCGCGCAUGACAUGAUUUCUCUGUCAUACAGAACAAAUUUGUGAUGCUCUAACUCCAUGACAACUACACUAGCACAGUUUUUUUCUUGGAUAGUUGUGCGAUCUUCCGGGAGUGCCCCACGCCGUUGCAGCACGACCAAAAUGCCGCUGGUGGACAAUACGACAUUUUUCUGUACCAGAAGGAAGUCACGUAUAACGGCAAUUCGAACCCGACGCCGCCGCAACUCACCUACAGCCACUUCCAACCGACGGAAACGAAGAAACAUUGCGACAUAUGCAUUGCAAAAGUAUCGUACUAAAACUGCAAUACAAAUUAGCUCCGCCUGACAAAGGGAAUUUGCCAUGCUGUUUUGGGUAUAAAAAGAGAUUUGUCCUGCAUAAAUAUAACUGCCAUAAAUACUACGAGUGCGAUACUUUUGCAGAGGAUACGACCUCCAGUACCGCAUCCCCCUCCAAUCCGCGUG